GCGUAGAUAGUAUUAAUAAUGCAUAUUAAAGUGCAUUUAUUUGCCUGGGCUUUUGCUUUUCUGUGGCUGGCUGCACUUGCUCUGGCGCAAUAUAGUGCAGCAAAUAUGCUCUACAAUGUAGGCGAAUCUUCCUCGCUGAACUGCAGCGCAAAAGUAUUCAACGUGGAAUGGUGGCAACCCACUGGCAGAUCGGCGUACAAUUACAAAAAUAAAUCCGCUAUAAUAAUCCCAAUGAAUCCGGUAACGGUUAAGUAUGUGGGCGCCUAUUAUUGCAUUAAUGUAACUGACGCGCCGCAACAGCCGCAAAAUUAUGAAAGAGAGUUGGAAAUGCUGCUGCAACAGGAGCAAGCAACAAAGAUUUAUGUCUAUGUGAAUGAUCCCAAUCAGCUGCUGGCACCGUUUGAGGGCAAGUUGCCAGUAGAGCUGGGAGAACUUGCUUACAUACCAUGCAAGCCCUCAUACCCGAAUGUGGAAGUGACCUUAAGCUAUGGCAACAAGACGCGUUCCAGCCGAAACUUUAAGAAUUAUAGCGAGCAGCGUGGCUUUCCUAUGCGCAUUAGAAAUUUUACUACCAAAUACACUUGUCGCCCCAAGCAGCCGAGUCCCAACAACCCAGAAGAAGCGGUGCUCAUUGAGCUGCUCAAUUUGGCACUUCCACCAGCUGUGAAAAGCCCUUUGCCCACUUGGGUGUGGCUAAGUGUAGCGAUCGCUUUGGUGUUGCUGCUGGCAUUAAUCGUUCUAUUCGCGAUUUGCUAUUAUGUGAAACGUAAGCAGCAGCGGGAAUUGAAUGUGGGCUGCAUUGUUUCUUAUAAAUAAUAAGCUUGUAACACACUUGUUUA